CAUAUCUCUUGCUAAAUCCUCAAGUCUAUAAAUUACUUUAAUCAUAUCUAUGUUAUGCUAAAUCAAGUCUAUAAAUAAUCAAACCUCAAAUUCUCAGGUCGCAAAAUGUCCGAAUGUAAACAACAGCCAAACAGCGUUUUCUCCAGGAUCGCCAUCUCCUCUAGAAGUCUACAGCGCUCGCGACUGUGCUCGAGUGGCUUGAUUAAAUUACGCACGCUUCCAUAAAAAAAGCAGAGUUGCGCUCUAUCUCGAGCUCGCGUUAUAGCGUCAGGAGUCGUUCGUCUCCGCUGUUUGUUGUUACAGUCGGUUUCUAGCAUGCGUCUGCGAUAGUAAACAAAGUCGCUGAUAGAUGGAUUAUCGCCGAAGGACACGAUUCGAGCGUGACAUGUGGGAAGUUCAACGUUACUCGUUGUGAAAAGUGUUUAGUGGUCAGUGUCUCGGCAGUGACCUUACUGUGUGCCUCAUCCGAAGUCUCCGAGCCAAAAGUAUGCUCCGCUGGUGGUACACGAAAAAUCCUCUCUCAUCGAUCGUAGGCUAUCACGUGAGCCGCGUCAAUGUGUCUAACGCAGAGCGAUUGCUAUUCGAUCGCUGUCGGGUCGAGAGGAGCGUUUCGUCUGCGCAUAAAUGUUUCAGUCACGAUCAGCGACAAAAUGUGGCCCACAUGGCCCGAGGGGGUGAAGAACCAUUGACACAGGACACCAUAGGAAUAUUACUAGAAAGGGCAGCGGAACGCUGGCCGAAUGAAGAGUGCGUGGUGUCAGUUCAUCAAAAUGUACGUCUCACGUUCUCCGAGUGUUUGCGACGGGCUGAUCGUUUGGCAGCCGGGUUAACCAAACUGGGAAUGAAACGUGGAGAUCGUCUAGGCAUAUGGGGUCCCAAUCACGUCGAAUGGUUGUUGAGUAUAUUUUGCGCUGCCAGAGCAGGCUUCGUAGUCGUCGCCAUUAAUCCUACAUACCAGAUGAACGAGAUCACGUACUGUUUGCAAAAGGUCGGCGUCAAGGCUGUUAUAUCGCCGGCCACUUUCAAGAUGCAGAACUAUCCACAGAUGCUGUUGGAGGCUCGCCAAACGUGUCCCACUUUGGAGCACAUUAUUAUCCAUUCGGACGAUCAUGUCACAGGAACCCAUCGUUUCAAAGACGUGGAGAACCUCGCAUCGAGGAUCGAGGUGGAAAGGGUCGCAGGGCAGCAGAACGAGAUAUCCUGUCGUGAGGGUACCAAUAUACAAUUCACGUCGGGAACCACCGGCAAACCGAAGGCUGCGUUGCUAUCGCACUGGGCUCUCGUGAAUAACGCCAGACAGGCAGCGAAAAGAUCGCAGUUCGAGGUGGGACACAAAGCUUGCUUAAGUGUACCGUUCUUCCACGCGUUCGGCAUAAUUAAAGGUGUGCUAUCCUCGUUGAACGCCGGCAUCACUCUCGUUCUGCCAGCGCCAUCGUUCAAUCCCGUGAAAUCCUUAGAUGCGAUCGUCGGAGAGAAAUGCAACGUCGUUUACGGUACGCCGACAAUGUGGAUCAAUAUUCUGGACGUUCAUCAACGGCUACAACCACCGCCGAUAACUCUGUUUUGUGGCGUCACCGGAGGCUCACCCGCGUCCCCGGAACUCUUCCGGAAAAUAAGGGAGUGCUUUCAUUUCGACAAUAUAAAGACGAUAUACGGCUUGACGGAGACGGCGGCGGUGAUCUUUCAAUCUUUGCCGAACGAGGACCACCAUUUGACGGAGAACACGGUCGGUCACCUGGCGAAUCAUGUGGAAGCGCUGGUUGUAGAUGAGAAUGGUACACCAGUGCCAAUGGGUUCUCCAGGAGAGCUCUGGAUCCGCGGCUACUGCAACAUGAACGAAUACUGGGGAGACGAGAAGAACACUCGAAAAACAUUGACCGAAGAUGGUUGGCUGAAAACAGGAGAUCAGUUCAUACUGAGAUCGGACGGAUAUGGACAGAUAAUCGGGAGAUUGAAGGAUAUGCUGAUAAGAGGUGGAGAGAACAUCUUCCCGAAGGAGGUCGAGGACUUAUUGAUGACGCACCCGCUGGUGGUCGAGGCGCAAGUUAUAAGCGCCUACGACAAAGUCUACGGCGAAGAGAUAUGCGCCUGCGUGCGCCUAAAAGAAGGCGCGAGUCUCACCAGGGAACAAUUGAAGGACUACUGCAAAGGGCGUAUCGCGCCCUUCAAAAUACCCCGUUACGUGGAGUUCGUCGGCGAAUACCCAAAAACAGCCAGCGGGAAAGUGAUGAAAUACGUUCUGAAACAAAAUAUGGAGCGGGCCGGGGUGAUUCCUGCGACCCCGACUUCCGCUUAAAACUAGUGGGAACGAUAAGUCGCUUUAUUCGUGGACAGAUAAUUAAUACAAUUACGCAAACGUUUGCGAGCGAUAUGGCGACAUGUGCUACUUCAGGUUUUCUUCUUGAUACCGUUAUCGUGCGGUAGAAGACAAAAUGGCGGAUAAUGGCGUACUGUCUGCUUGUGACAGAUGUCGCCACGUGUCCGGACGUUGCGGUUGCUCGGCAACGUAGGAAACUGUUCCUAAAAAGAUUAUUAAUCUUUGCGUUCAUUUCGAUUUGUACAAACACGUUUAUACGAUGAUAUAAGAUGUUAUCUGAGGAUUAAAUAUAAGUUUGUUUCUGAGGAUUCCGUAGACCAAAAGUAACGCGAUAGGACGCCUUGUUCGGAUUCGCGUUUUCCAAAGACGGCACGUGUCAGCCGUGUUUUUACGAAAACGUGCCUACCAACUGUCGCCGCGAAAAACGUCGAUCGGUGAUCGAUGACAUCGCCAGGAAGCGAAGGAUAAUGACGUGCCAGAAAGGAUGGAAGCCGUGGAACGCGAGCAUGGAACCGGUAAAGUGGGCAUCGAGGAGAGGAAAGGAAGAAAGAAGCCAUCGAAAACCGUGGAUUCGAGAGGGGCACGUGUUUCAGGUGGCGUCUAAUUGAGGAUGGAUGCUUCGGGCGACGAGUCGUCGCUUCUUCAAGACUGGAAGACCUGGAAGAGGCGUGCAUUACCGCGGCAGAUGGUGGUCGUGAUUGCAGCUGCUCCGCACACGAACACCUGCCGUUUUCUCCGCCGUCUAUCGAGAUGGACGAAAUCACUGUCCAGCCUCCUCCACCUUUCUCCGUUUCUUUGUCCUUUGUACUCUGGAAAUCUUGCAAUUUUCGAUAUUUGUUACUACGUGGAAUAUACAUUUUUUACAAUUUCAUUCUUUAAGGAAAUUCAGUAGAGGACUUUGUUUCUUUCACCUUGAAAAACACUGCAAUUGACUUCAAUUUUUUUGUACUGAUGGAAUAAAGAUUUUUUGAGAUGCAUGAUUCGAUAUUUGUAACUCGAUGAAAUAAUUUUUUGAGACGAGAUUUGAUUCUUUAAGGAAGUUAUCAGUGGAUGAGGGCCUUUGUUUCUUUCAUUUUGAAAGACAUUGCAGUUGACUUCAAUUUUUGCGAAAUGAUGGAGUGAAGAUUUUUUGAGAUGCAUGAUUUGGUUCUUCAAAGAUGUUGAAUAUUAAGAUCAUUGAAUGAGAGACAUAUGAAACAUCUUUGUUGGCCUUCUUCUUUCACCUUGAAAAUAAAAAGCACUGCAAUUGACUUCAAUUUUUAUCAAACGAUAGAAUAAAGAUUUUUUGAGAUGCAUUUGAUUUUUCAAAGACGUAGAACAUUAAAUUCAAUGUAUUAUCUUUUACCCCAAAGAUAAAAAGCAUUGUUAUUGAUUUUAUUUUUUUACAAUGAUAGAAUAAAUAUUUUUAACGAAACACGAUUUAAUUUUUCAAAGACGUUGACUAUUAAGACUAUUGUAAGAGGGAUGCAUCAUAUAUAAUUGUUAACCUUCUUCUUUUACCCCAAAGAUAAAAAGCAUCGUUAUUGAUUUUAUUUUUGUACAAUGAUAGAAUAAAUAUUUUUAAUAAAACACGAUUUAAUUUUUC